AUGGCGCCUUCGACUGUUUCCGAAGGGGGCGAGGCCGCAGUUCCAGCUCCAUUCAACAAAAUUAGUAGUGCUUCCGUUCAGACUUACUUUCAACGCAUUCGAAAAGCCUGCGGCAAGUGGCCAUGGGAACUCUUCGACGAGAAACGUCUCUCUCCCCACUGGACUGUAUACCUGCUUCAGAAGUUGCACCAGGCUAUCAAGCUUGCGCAGUCCCCACCUAAGAUUUCGCUCACAUUUGUCAUGAAUUACUUGGAAUCCAUUGUCAAGAAGGGAGGCGAGUACUCCAAGCUCAAGGGCCGAGAUAUUACAUCAACAAUCUAUCUUCCGCGCAGCGGAGAUGGGGAUGGCACCAAGAGUAGUGAUGCUAUUCUGGUACGCGAUAAAAUCGUGGUCGCGCCUUCACCAAGUCCGCCACCUCGACCCAGAGUCUAUCAGAACGAUAAUCGCGAUGUUGCGAACCCACCUUUCAUUGACCUGACCAAGUCUGACUCUCCAGAGCCACCCAGUAAUGGGGUAACCGAGGCCCAAGCAACAGGAGAUGCAAGGCGGGUUAAAAAGAGGAAGAAUGUGAGCGAACUCGCUGCUGGUAGCGUCUCUACGCCAAAGCGGCAGAAGAAACCAUCUAAGCCUAUUCAAAUGCCCAGUACUACACCUGGGGCGAGCCACAAAGAUGUGAGAGAAAAAGAGGUCACAGAUGAUGAGAAGGCACAAAUCUCCGCCAUUCAAAACAAGGCCGAAUGCGUCCAUGCCCAGCAGAACGAGAAUAAAAAACGACUGAAAAUGUUGAACUCCUCACGAGAACUACUUCAACGAGAGCUCAACACCGCACAGACAGACUUGACCAGAAUCCGCCAGGACAUCCAGGACAGCACUGCUAUCCGAGGCUCUAUUCUCCGAAUCAUCCAGCGCCGAACCCCUGAAGAUGUUGAUGGCUGGAACAUGGCCCUCGAACGCUGCGACAAGUCUUUGAAGAUAUUUAAGGAUGACUCAAAGAAGACUACUGAUGUCUUGAAUAAGAAGAAGCAAGACCUUAAGAACGUCGAUGAGAUGGUUCGUUUGGCGAAACGAGAGAUUGAGAACUGUGCUCAGCAGGCCAAGAAGUUGCUUGUGUAA